AUGGAUACUUUAGCACUCUAUCGCAUCAAAUGCAACGAGCGUCAACUGGAGACAUGGAUUACAACCGCCAUCGACCGUAGUAUCCGGAAUCUUUAUCUUAAACGUAACUUCGUUUCAUUCCCUCGAUCCUUAUUCAACUGCAAAACCAUUGUCAAGUUGAAGCUUGAUUUCUGUGGAGCGCCACUCUCUGCUGUGGACAGUGUCUCAUUGCCUAGCCUCAAGAAGUUUCAUGUUUCUAAUGUUGUGUGCGAGAAUGAUGAAGCCCUCCCUCACUUUCUUUCCGGCUGUCCAUCGCUCGAGGUGUUGAAUAUGGCAGUCAUAUAUGAGGUUUAUGAUUAUGUGGGCUGCAUAAAUAUAUCAUCACCCACAAUAAAGAAGCUUAAGCUGGAUCUUGACGAUUUGCCUUAUUCAUCGAACCUUAAAUAUAGGAUGAUAGUAAAUGCUCCGGCCCUUAGGUAUCUCCAAGUGGAUGGCUAUUUCUUGGAGUGUAUAACAAAUCCUACAACCAUGAUCUCCUUAGUUGAGGCGGAUAUCAACUUACAAAAUUGGUUCUCAAAUUGCGAAACGGAUUACAAUUCCACUUCCAAAGUGGUGAAGUUUCUUCAUUCUCUGUCUUAUGUAAAGUGCCUAAAGAUAUCAGGAUGGGAUUUUGUGGAGUUUAUUCGUAGAGGACUUACUCGUUCAAAUGUGAAGUUUGAUAAUUUAACCAAACUUGAACUCCUAUUGAACUUCAAAAAGUUUCAUGUUUCUAAUAUUGGGUGCGAGAAUGAUGAAGCGCUUUCUCGUUUUCUUUCCGGCUGUCCGUCACUUGAGGAGUUGAAUAUGGAAUUCACAUCUGUGGAAGAGGGACCACUUUGUUAUUAUUAUACGGGCUGCAUAAAUAUAUCAUCACCUACAAUAAACACGCUGAAGCUCGAUCUUGACGAUUUGACCUGUCCAUCUAGAAAUAGAUAUAGGAUGAUAAUAAAUGCCCCGGCCCUUAGGUAUCUCCAAGUGUAUGGCUAUGACUUGGAGUGUAUAACAAUUCCUAUAACCAUGAUAUCCUUAGUUGAGGCAGAUAUCAGCUUACAAAAUUAUUGCUUGGCAAAUCUCGAAACGAAUUACGAUUCCACGGUGAUGGAGAAGCUUCUUCAUUCUCUGUGUUAUGUAAAGUGCCUAAAGAUAUCAGGUUGGGAAUUUGUGGAGUUUGUUCGUAGAGGACUUGCUUGUUCAACUGUAAAGUUUGAUAAUUUAACAAAACUUGAAGUCCAAUGGCACUUCGAUGGGAGUUUGCUUGUAAAGUUCCUUAAAGUUGCUGAUAAUCUUCAAGUCCUUAUUUGUGAACGGGUUUAUUUGGAGAAGGGAUAUUUGUGUCCGGAGGCUGAACAAGUGCCUAAAUGCUUAUUAUCAUGUCUAAGAACUAUAACUUUUAAGUCGAUGUACUUCAGCGAGUAUGAAUUUGACAUGGUAAGAUAUCUUUUGGGGAAUUCUCGAGUAUUGGAGAGGAUGGAACUAUUUACCUCACCUUAUGGAUGCCAUGAUCUGGAAACGAAAUCCCAAGCGCUUAAAAGAAUUUCAUUGUUUGAGCGAGGAUCCAGCGCAUGUCAGCUUGCCAUCCUUCCAAAUUGCUGA